AUGCCUCUACUAUGUGAAGUGAAUAACAAGGUCUCAGACUGGUGUGGCAACAGUGGCACUGCCACCGCCGAAGAGUGCUGCCCACUCUUGACAGAUUCUUCAGUUAUUCCAAGGAAAUCAGAAGCAGCUGGUCGGGCACCCCCAUGGAGCUGGCGUCCUGGCAGCGGCAUCGCUGUGCAGCAGUGGGGCAAGCUGGCGGUGCAGUGGAGGCAAUGCAGAUUUGGCAUUCCUGCCAGUGCUUCCGGGCUACUCCAACCUCACUGCUGUCCUGCAGCACCCCUGCGCUGUGCUG